UAGAAAGAAAAUAAUUUACCCAGGUAGAGCAGCUCGACCUUUAGCCCUGAGACGCAACAACGCAAGCAUGACGUUAUACACGGCGUCACACUGCUUCCCGACUCCUCUGUCGUUCCAGUCUCGCCGUCGCUGCUCUCUCCCACAAGGCCGGUGGAGAGCAGCAAUGGCCCUGAGAGGGGUGAAGGUCCGGUCCGAGCUCCAGGUCAACGUGAACGGCGCUCUCGACUCCGACCCGCUCUUCCUCGACCGCCAGAAAGCACUGGAGGCCGCCAUGAACGACAUCAACUCCUCCUUCGGCAAAGGAAGCGUCACCCGAUUAGGCAGCGCCGGCGGAGCCUUGGUCGAAACAUUUCCCAGUGGUUGCUUGACUCUGGACCUUGCAUUGGGCGGUGGGCUUCCGAAGGGGAGAAUCGUAGAGAUAUUUGGUCCAGAAAGUAGUGGAAAGACAACUCUGGCACUCCAUGCAAUCGCAGAGGUGCAGAGACUUGGAGGAAAUGCUAUGCUUGUUGAUGCAGAACAUGCCUUUGAUCCAGCAUAUUCCAAAGCAUUGGGAGUAGAUGUAGAAAACCUGAUUGUCUGCCAGCCUGAUCAUGGAGAAAUGGCACUUGAGAUUGCAGAUCGUAUGUGCAGAUCUGGUGCCAUUGAUCUUAUAUGUGUUGAUUCUGUCUCGGCCCUCACUCCACGAGCAGAGAUUGAAGGUGAGAUUGGAAUGCAGCAAAUGGGUUUGCAAGCACGCCUUAUGAGCCAAGCUUUGCGCAAAAUGUCAGGAAAUGCAUCAAAAGCUGGAUGUACUCUCAUAUUCUUGAAUCAAAUAAGAUACAAGAUUGGUGUGUAUUAUGGGAAUCCAUAAGUGACAUCCGGAGGAAUUGCAUUAAAGUUUUUUGCAUCAGUUCGCCUGGAAAUACGAUCUACAGGGAAAAUAAAAUCUGUAAAAGGAGACGAGGAAAUUGGAGUUCGGGUCCGUGUACGGGUGCAAAAGAGUAAGGUUUCGAGGCCAUACAAACAAGCUGAAUUUGAAAUUGUGUUUGGAGAGGGAGUAAGUAAAUUGGGUUGCAUUUUGGAUUGUGCUGAAAUGAUGGAUGUAGUAGUGAAGAAGGGAUCUUGGUAUAGCUUCGGCAACCACAGGUUGGGACAAGGAAGAGAUAAAUCAUUGCAGUACUUGAGGGAGAACCCUGUUCUUCUUGAUGAGAUAGAGCAGAUUGUUCGUUCCGCAAUGACUGAUGCAACUGGACAGGUAGACUCAUUGCAUACAAGAAGCUUGCCUGUAACACAUCAGAUUGAAGAUGAUUUCGAAGGUGUCUAAUGAGUGGAAACAGAUUUUGGUUGCAUCACUGUUUUCUACACUCGAUCAAGGCAGAUACAGUGCCAGGGAUUGCAAAGAAGCAGCAGCAAUUGGAAGCUCCAUGGUGCAUCGAUGUUUGCCCAGUUGACAUGAUUGUCUACCUCCAAAUUAGAUUGUGGGUAUUUAAAGGAAAUGAGUUUAUGGGAAUAGAGUUGCUUUGUAUUGACAGACUCGCUAGUAUUAUUCUCAUCUAGGAUGUAACUUCGUGAUUGGAAAUUUGAAAG